AUGAUACAAUGGCUGAAAAGAUUAAGAGCUGCAUUUGGAGCCUCGUUUCUCUGGCUCGUUUGCUUGGUUUACUUCACCCAGGGUUUCAGAUCCUUUGUAUGGACGGCAGUUUCUUACCAGCUGAAAGAUAGGCUUAAGUUGUCACCCUCAUCUUCCCAAUUUGUGUUUUCAAUUGCUUUCUUCCCAUGGAGCAUUAAACCAUUAUAUGGAAUUGUGUCUGAUUGUAUUCCAAUAAAAGGAAGAAAAAGGGUUCCGUACUUAGUGAUUGCAACUGUGCUCUCUCUGGUGCCGUGGCUUAUCCUUGGCCUGAAUGCAACGUUGAGGAGUUCCAAAUGGAACCUCAUGACCUUCUUAACAGUCCAGAACCUGGGCUCAGCCAUGGCAGAUGUAGUAGUUGAUGCAAUGAUUGCUGAGGCAGUAAGACGUGAGCGGGCCACAUUUGCUGGAGACCUCCAGUCGAUAUCAUGGUUUUCAAUGGCUUUGGGCGGCAUAUGCGGGAGUUUGUCAGGAGGAUAUGCACUAACCAACUUACAGAUACAUACGAUUUUUCUUCUUUUUUCUGUACUACCAUCCAUACAGUUGUUAUCAUGUGGCUUGGUUGAGGAGAAAUCUGUUAUUGUAGAUAGUAAAGUUUUGCCCGAAUUUUAUGACUCAAGUAGUGUCGAUGGGGUGAAUGGAAAUAGUAGUUUUCUAGAUGAAGAUAGUUUCUCAGAGAAGAAACCCAAUAUCAGCAUGUUAAGGAGAAAGAAAAGUAGUAAGGGCGGCAAAAAGAAACGAGUUACUGGUAAAGGCCAGAUUGCUGAAAAAGUUGACUCGUUGCCUUCACGGUGGUUCCACUCUCUCAAAGCAGCCACUUUUAGUUUGUGCCAUGCAUUUAAACAACCACUCAUUUUGAGACCAAUGGCUUGGUUUUUCCUAGCACAUAUUUCCAUUCCAAACCUCUCGACUGUGAUGUUUUAUUAUCAGACAGAGUUUUUGAGCUUGGAAGCCUCCUUUUUGGGCACUGCACGUGUUGUGGGAUGGUUAGGCCUCAUGCUUGGAACCUUUGUAUAUAAUCAGUACUUAAAGACAAUGAAAUUAAGAAGGAUCCUCAUGUUGUCUCAUGUUGGUUUGUCUUUCUUGGGUCUCCUAGAUAUGGUUUUAGUCUCUCGAGUAAAUCUCACCUACGGAAUAUCAGAUAGAAUUAUGGUGCUUUGUGGCUCAGCUCUCAGUGAUGCAAUCAAUCAAUUCAAGUUUAUGCCAUUUCUGAUCUUAUCUGGACAGCUAUGCCCACCUGGAAUUGAAGGGACUCUGUUUGCCCUCUUUAUGUCGAUAAACAACUUAGGGUCAACAUUGGGGUCAUUUGUCGGUGCUGGGUUGGCUUCAGCUUUAAACAUCUCUUCAGGUUCUUUUGACAACCUUUCUCUGGGAAUUGCCAUUCAAGUUCUCUGCACUUUCAUUCCUGUUGGUUUUCUAUUUUUGAUACCAAAGGAAGUUACAGGGGUAUCGGCGUAG